CAUUGAAACACUGACGUUUCAUUUAUUAUACUGCUGACAAAAUAUUUACAAAUAAUUCAAAAAUUACAGAUUUUAAGCCUUUUAACUUUCUAAUCGUGUCAUUCUAAAUAGUGGCACGGGCAGUAGUCUCAAAAACAUGGCACAUCAAAUGGAAUUGGUACCUUCUAAUGUGGGGCAAGCAGCGGAAAGUGAAUUGAAGAUAAUCGCUGUGGAAAAAGCCAACAAACCCAUCAACACCAGGUUCAGUGGUAAGGUCGACUACGACAUGGUGCUGGUUGUGUUCAAAGACUGUUUUCUCAAGAAGUGGGACAAAAUGACGCCAUCGCCAGACACAGGCCUCCAAGGUUUCGACGAGCUGGCCACAAUCGGUGCAGGCUCCUUCGGCAGAGUGAAACUGGUGCGCGAAAAGUCGACGGGUAAUUACUACGCCGCAAAGUUGGUGCUGAAGGAGAUGAUCGUGAAGACAAAGCAAGUGCCGCAUAUAUUCAACGAGAAGCGCGUGCUGCUCAGCAUAGACUUCCCUUAUGUGGUUAUGAUGGACUUUUGUCGCAAGGACUUUGAUCAUUUGAUCUUUGGUUUGCCAUUCAUAAACGGUGGAGAGCUCUUCACCUAUCAUCGCAAAGUGCGUAAAUUUUCGGAGAAGCAGGCGCGAUUCUAUGCUGCUCAAAUAUUUCUUGGUUUGGAAUAUUUACAUAAUUUGCAGUUGCUAUAUCGAGAUUUGAAGCCGGAAAAUAUAUUAAUCGAUAGAAAAGGUUAUCUUAAAAUAACGGAUUUUGGCUUUGCAAAGCGCGUUGAAACCCGCACUUUGACAUUAUGCGGAACACCAGAGUAUCUGGCGCCUGAGUUGAUUAAGUCCAAACCUUACUCAACCAGCGUCGACUGGUGGGCGUUUGGAGUGCUGGUUUAUGAAUUUGUUGCCGGUAAUUCGCCCUUUUCCGAGUACAAUAGGGAUGUGAUGAUGAUGUAUGGAAAAAUUUGCGAUGGCGCCUACAAGAUACCCGCCGCAUUUCCGCCAAUGUUAAAGGACUUGAUCUCAAAACUGCUAGUGGUCGAUCCCUCGAAGCGGCUCGGCUGUCUAACGAAUGCACAAAAGGACAUAAAAAAUCACGAUUGGUUCAAAGGCGUGGAUUGGUAUGGACUACUGAACCAACAAAUACAACCACCUUAUGUGCCAGUCAUCUCAAAUAUGGAAGAUCUGUCAAAUUUCGACAAAUACCCUGAAGAUAGAAAGAAUGCACCGAAGUCGAAAACAAACAAAUUUCCCGAAAUAUUUGCUGAGUUUUAGUUACCUCAAUGUUAUUUGUUAACAAUUUUCUCGUUCAAAUACAAUUAGAUAUGAGCAGUGACAUAGAAUAUAUGUGUUUUGAAUUUAAUUUCAUUAAUACUUUUUUGUGUGUAUACUUACAUUCUACAUUUAAAUAAGCCGAAGCGCUUUGCGGAUCUCCAAUGCCAUUCGUUACCUCACACAAGGGGCGACAACACUUAAACAAAUGAAUAUGGAACUCUAUUGGAACUGAAGUCAUUCACAAAAAAAUUUCAUUACUUUGAACAUUCCAAUUAGUUUGCAAAAAACUAAAAAAAAAAUUGCUAGCUGAUUGACAGUUUUCCCGUUAUCUGAUAUGGACAUUAAAGCAAGUGUCAAAAGAUCAAGAGACUGUACUUUGUCUGUACAAGAAG